GCCUAACCUGUCUUCUUCCACCGUUCCACUUCCACCGUUCCACUUCCACCAUGAUUUUGAGUAAUUUGGCAGUGUGCACAAUUCGACGUUUUAUCUUGUCUCGCGUAAAAAUCAUUCUUUCUCAAGCCAUUGGAGGUAACGAAACGAUUGAAUUGGUAGAAGGCAAUUUGAUGAAACGGACAAGAGCAACUACGAGGAUUCAACAAGGGAAUGAAAUUGAGAAGAAUAAAGAUGAGGAAGAUACAGUUAUUAAGACCCAAACAACGCCGGUGAUAUUAGAAAGACCAAAAUUGAACCUCCAGUCCUUACGAAGUCAGGAACAUUGGGAUAGUGAAAAUGUAUACAACACGACAGAUUCUCAAAUUUCUACAUCCUCUAAAAAAUCCAAGAAUUGUCAGAAAAAGCCAAAAAAAGAAACUCACAUUGAAAAAAGAGAGGAAAGUAAGGUGGAAAAGUUGAAAUCAAACACAAGUACUAGCAAAGGAAAACCAAGAGCAGUCGUGGAUUUACAGAUGAUGAAGGCAGAAUUUAGUCAAUUAAAAGAUCCUCCUGUAACACCAUGGGAAAAGGAAUUGUCCUCUAGCCGAUUGCAAUAUGAAUUCUUUAACAUUCCUUGUGAAGAGCUGGCACAGCGGUUGUUAGGAAAAGUACUUGUAAGAUAUUUCGAGAAUGGAACUAUUCUCAAGGGUAGAAUUGUAGAGACUGAAGGUUAUUUAGGUGCGAUUGACAAGGCUUCACACUCUUACCAGAACAGAGUUACACCUCGCAACUUACCAAUGUACAUGUCACCAGGAACUAUUUAUGUUUAUAUGACAUAUGGCAUGUACCAUUGCUUCAAUAUCUCUAGUCAAGGUGACGGAUGCGCGGUGCUAGUACGAGCUGUGGAUCCUAUAGAAGGUAUGGAGUACAUGGCUGGUCAGCGUAGCACCCCGAAAACAAGGAAAGUCGCUCUAAAACCACACGAACUAUGCAACGGUCCUUCGAAGCUCUGCAUAGCAUAUCAACUUGACAAACAGCACAGCAAGUACUCUCUCUGUACGUGGAAGAAUCUAUGGAUCGAAGAUGAUCGUGCGUCAGGGGAUAUCAAAGUUGUAAAGUCUGCCAGGAUUGGAAUCAAUAGCUGCGGUCCAGAAUGGGCCAAUAAGCCUUUACGUUAUUACAUUUAUGGCAAUAAGUCCGUUAGCAAGAGAAAUAAAAAAGCAGAGAUGGAAAUUUCCUAACUGCUCGAAGUUGAUCUUUUAUCGAGUUCUAUCUGCAUGCUUCCACAUAAAAAGAGGUUAAUAUUUAUAUCGAUUAUAUAUAAGAACAUUUUUAUAAAUCUUAAUAUAAAAAGCAAAAAAUCAAUAUUUAAAUGAGAUAUUAAUAUUGAGAUAUCAUCACAAAUUAU